UCCUCCAGCAGGCAAACUCUUCAAGUAAUUACUGGCUCCUAAUUAUCCAUCUGCUCUCACAAGCGAUUCUGCUAAUUUUUUACUUACAAAUCAAAUAUCAAUGGCUUCUCUAGCUCUGAGGAGACUCGUUUCAUCGAACAUCCUUCCUAGCUCCUUGUGCGUGGUCCGCCCAAUGGCCGUUGCUCCGUCCACCUCCAGGCUCUUCAAAACCAACGCCAUCCGUGAGUUCGACGACGACGACGGUCACGAGAGUGACUUCAGCGACGAUCGCCGCCGCGUUCGUUCACUUUCUCGCCUCGGUGAUGGCUUCUUCUCAGGUAAUGUGUUUGAUCCGUUCUCCCCAACGAGGAGCCUGAGCCAAGUUCUGAACAUGAUGAUGGAGAACCCAAUCGUCUCUGCUUCACGUGGAAUGGGAGGGGGUCUCCGCCGGAGCUGGGACGCCAAAGAAACGGAGGACGCCUUGAACCUAAGGAUUGACAUGCCGGGGCUGGGGAAAGAGGAUGUCAAAGUUUCCGUGGAACAGAACACUCUGGUUAUCAAAGGCGAGGCCAAAGAAUCUGACAAGGAGGAAACUGACGGUAGGUACACCAGCAGGAUCCAUUUGCCUGACAAAGUUUACAAGACCGAUCAGAUUAAGGCGGAGAUGAAGAACGGUGUACUCAAAGUGGUGGUUCCUAAGAUCAAGGAGGAGAAGAAUGAUGUUUUUCAGGUUCAAAUCAACUAAUUUUCUAGCAGAAGAGCUGAUUGGGUUUUUCUUUGGUAGGGGCCUUUCUGGGAUUUGGUAUGGGUAAAUAAGGGAUUGAAAAUAUAGUACGAAAAAA